AUGGUCCCUCGCUGCUUUAAUUACCACCUGCGAUCCAGGGGGUGCAUUCGGAAUGAAGGGGUUGGAGGGAGCAUGGCAAGGUUUCCUCAGGUGUUCAAGAUGUCAUUGAAGGUGCAGACAAGUAACAUCACAAACAAGAACGACCCUAAGUCCAUCAACUCCAGAGUCUUUAUUGGGAAUCUCAACACAGCCGUUGUCAAGAAAUCAGAUGUGGAGACCAUUUUCUCCAAGUACGGCAGAGUGGUGGGCUGCUCCGUUCACAAGGGCUAUGCGUUCGUACAGUACUCGAACGAGAGGCAUGCACGGGCCGCUGUCCUGGGGGAGAACGGACGAAUACUUGCCGGGCAGACGCUGGAUAUCAACAUGGCUGGAGAACCUAAACCCAACAGACCCAAAGGGCUGAAGAGAGCAACCUCCGCCUUGUAUAGUGGAUACGACUUUGACUAUGACUACUACAGAGAUGACUUCUACGACAGGCUUUUCGAGUAUCGAGGCCGGGUCUCUCCUGUCCCCAGGGUGGUUCCUGUGAAGCGUCCCCGGGUGACCAUCCCCUUAGUCCGACGCGUAAAAGCAACGCUCCCCGUCAAACUUUUCGCCAGAUCGGCCGCCAUUGCAAACAGCUCUGCCAAAUUAAAAUUGAAAUGCAAUGAGCUGCAGACAAUCAAAACCGAGCUGACACAGAUCAAAUCCAACAUUGAUGCUCUUCUGGGCAGAUUGGAGCAGAUUGCUGAAGAACAGAAAUCAUCCACAGAGGUACGAAAGAAGGCAGAUGGGAACAAAAGCGAGAUCUCCCAGGACGACACAGCAUCAGAGGCAGAAAUCACCACGGAGGAGCCGCUGAACGGGGAGGAGGGAGAAGAGGAGGGACUCACGCGAGAUGACUGUGAAGACGAAUUGCACGUUCGGAACAGCGAUGAACACCAGUGUGAGGAGAGCACGAGGUUAUAUCCUGGACUGGCAUGCUGA